AGUUCCAGUGGCACCCCAAGAACUAAGCUAGAAUCAUUCAGUGCUUUUCUUUGGCAAUUAAUGGCACAAUUUGCAGAGCAAAAUAACAAGGUGACCUGCACAAUGGGCAUUGUCGUAGAUGGAAGGACAAGGUUUAUUAAUGAAAAAAAUGACACUGCAAAAGUCAUGGCCUCUUAUUUCGGAAAUGUAUUGUCGGUUCCAUAUGGUGGACAUAAAGUGAAGGAGCUGAUUGAGAGGCCAUUGUCUUGGGUGGCUAAAGAGGUGCACCAUUUCAUAGAAAAUACAUUAAGCAAAGACCAUUUCUUGGGACUUAUUGAUUGGGUAGAGAUGCACCGACCACAACCAGCUAUAGCUAAGAUCUAUGCUGAGGGAUUCAGUGAUGGACCGGCGUUUGUAGUGUCUUCAGGUCAAAGAUUUUCAAUGUGUAAUGUAGAUUUCGGGUGGGGAAGACCAGUUUUUGGAUUUUACCAUUUCUCAUGGGGCGGCCAAACUGGGUUUGUUAUGCCAACGCCUAGUGUCACUGUUGAUGGCGAUUGGGUGGUGUAUAUGAAACUUCAGAAGGGGCAAUUGGAGUUCAUCGAGAAUGUAGCUGGCCAUAUUUUCAAGCCUCUCACUGCAGAUUACCUUCGCUUCAAUUGA